AUGCGUGACGAGCCGGUGGCGGGUUGUGCCGAAGCGAAUCCGACUGAAAAACCAAAAUGUAACCCGUUCGGCACACGAUUUUUGACCGACGAGGCCAAAGUUUUCGAGCACAACGCGUGGGACGACGUCGAAUGGACGGAAGAGCAGCAGGAGGAGGCGAAGAAGAUUGUGGAGCAGCAGAAAACGAUGAAAGUCGACGGCGAGAAGGCGAUGAAGCUUUUGAGCACGCCCGCCGAGCAGUGGGACACUUUUUACGCGCAAAACGAGAAUCGCUUCUUCAAAGAUCGCAAUUGGCUGCUCAAGGAGUUUCCCGAGCUCGAUGUGAACGAUGAGCGGAAUUUAGAGGUAAUCUAUUGCUUAAAAAACGCAUGAAGACCUCCAAUUUCCAGAAAGAAUCUGUCAAAAUUUUGGAAGUCGGUUGCGGAGUGGGCAAUACCACAUUUCCACUGAUGCAGGUCAACAAUAGCGUAUCGAAGAUCUUCCUGCACAGCUGUGACUACGCGCCGAACGCCAUCAAAGUGCUCAAAUCGCAAGAGACGUACGAUUGCUCGAAAAUGAACGCAUUCGUCUGGGACAUCACUCAGCCACCUCCAGAAGAGGCCCCAACUCCAGAAUCUCUGGAUUAUGUUGUGUGCAUCUACGUGCUCUCGGCAAUCCAUCCCGACAACAUCCACAAGGCUCUCAGCCAUCUGACGAGUCUUCUGAAGCCCGGCGGAAUGCUCCUUCUCAAAGAUUACGGCAGAUACGACCUGGCGCAGUUACGCUUCAAAAAGGACCGCCUAAUCGAUGGAAAUUUGUACUGCCGCGGCGACGGAACUCUUGUUUAUUUCUUCGAAAUGGAAGAGUUGGAACUGCUGCUCGCCGAGCACGGAAUGGAGAAGAAAGUGAUGCACGUCGACCGACGGCUCAUUGUGAAUCGGGCGAAACAAGUGAAGAUGUACCGGCAGUGGAUCCAGGGCAAAUUUAUAAAACCUUGUUGAUUUCUUGCUAAUUUUUUUGCUUGUUCGAUAAAUUUGUUCGGUUUUUGUUGUUGUUUUUGAAAGAGAAAUGGUAUAAACGUUUCCUCAGUUUCCUGAAGUUACGCUAUUGGCGCUGUUGAUAGAAAAAAUCCUUCAAAAAAUAGUAAAAUCCAAUUUUUCAGAACAAGAAGGCACUGCUCCGUUUGUCAUGCGAAUCGCUCAAAUUCCGUCCGGUCUUCGACGAGAUCCUUCAGGAUGCGGAGCUGCGAAAGAUGAAAUCGGACCCGAAUGUGUCCGGAUCCACCGAAUUACUCUACGUGCUCCUCUACGAAACGCUCGUCGGCUCGGGCCUCAAUCGAUGCUCCGCCGAACUGAAAAAUGUGAUUUCCAGACGAAUUCUGAAGAUUAAAGAGGUCGAAGCGACGAUUCAGGUCGAAGGACGGGGUAUAAAAAGUGUCAAAGAAGCGGAGGAAGCGACGAAGAAAGUAAGCGGACCUUGUCUGGUUAUCAAUAGAGCAAAUUUGCAUUUCAGUUGGAAAUUCCGAGAUAUGCGAGAAUUAACACGCUGAAAUGGAGUGCCGAAGAGUGUCGGAAGACGUUGGAAAGUGAAGAAUGGAAGAUUCAUGGGCCGGCGUCGGCGAAUGAAGAGUUUGCGGAGGAAGUGGCCGCAAUGAAGGAGGAGGAUGUUAGCCGAGCUUUUUCAGCACAAAGCACACACUUUUUUUGCAGAUUUACCUCGAUCCGCACGUGCCAAAUUUGCUCAUUUUUGCGCCAAACAUUCAAAACUUUCACGAGUACUGGAUGGUCGAACAACGAUAUCUUAUUCUUCAGGAUAAGGUAAAUAAAAGGGAUUAUUAGUCUUUGGUUGUCGUUUCCGUGAAUGAACUCGAGAAAAGUGUGAAACAAUUCAUUCAGCGGGACAGUAGGCUUUAAGGGCCUUUUUGGGCCUGGACUAAUUGCAAAUGUUUCUAUCCGACUUUGCACGAUUAUCAGUAUUUUGGAUUCAAGUUUCGGACCGAUAGAAUUAUCUAGAAUCAUCUAAUCUGGAGAUAUUCAGAGCCCAAAAACCAACGCUUAUAGGCCCUAGAUAUCUCGAGACCAGAUAAUCCGAUCGGCAAAUAUAUAAUAUAAUUCAAUUCAAGUCCUAGUAGAAUCCUGCAAAGAUCGCGGGUACCGUAGUGGAAAAAUGCAGGCCUCGAUGAUUCGUCAAUUUCCAAUUCUUCAGGCGUCCUGCCUUCCGGCAUUCCUUCUGAACCCUCGUCCCGGUUCUCAAGUGUUCGAUACGUGCGCGGCGCCUGGAAUGAAGACGUCGCAUGCGGCGGCGAUAAUGGAGAAUCAGGGGUACGGCACUUUCAAACAUUCUAGUGGCGAGACCCAUAUAUUUUCUGCAGAAAAGUGUGGGCGAUCGACCGCGCGCCGGAUCGUGUCGCCACAAUGAAACAGUUGUUGGAGGCGUCGAGUGUGGCGAUUGCCAGCUCGUUUUGCGGCGAUUUCCUCAAAACCGACGUGACCGAUAAAAAGUUUUCAAAGGUGAGAUUAGAUGGCCGCGGAGAAAGUUAUGCCAUGUUGUGUUUUAGGUCAAAUUCGCAAUUGUUGAUCCGCCGUGCUCGGGCUCGGGAAUUGUGAAGCGAAUGGACGAGAUUACGGGCGGAAACGCGGAAAAAGAGCGGCUCGAGAAACUGAAAAAUUUGCAGGUUUGUACACGAGACCAUUAGGAGGGAACAAUUGAAUUCUUACGUUUUUUUUCGCCAGGCGAUGAUCCUAAAACACGCGCUGAAGCUGCCGAAUCUGAAACGGGCGGUCUACUCGACGUGUUCGGUGCACGAGGAGGAGAACGAGCAAGUGGUCGACGAGGUGCUCCUGGACACGCACGUCCGACGCAACUACCGGCUCCAGAGGGACGUGCUGCCAGAGUGGAAGCAACGCGGACUCUCCGCCUACGAAGACGGUCCCAGUUGUUUGCGGGCCGAUCCCCGCGUCACCCUUACCAACGGAUUCUUCGUCGCCGUCUUCGAGCGCAUCAAGAAUGACGAUGAAUAG